AUGGGGUCGUGGGUGGACGCGGGGAGUGGCGGGCGGGCGCGCGUUGAGGGGUGCAAAGGAGCUGCGGACGGCGCCGCUGCGCAACACACCACAGCGCGUGCUGCAUCCGCGUGCGUCGCGCGCUCCCCGUCGUCAUCGCCCAUGACCCUGCCCUCCCCGUCCUCCUCGCCCCUCAGCCUCUUCACGCCCUUGUCGCACCACCGCUCGCCGCUUCUCUCGCCCUGCCCCUCCCCCUCGCCGCUGCGCACGCUCGACGAGGAUGCGGCGGACGCCGCGGAGGGGCUCACUGGGGAGCGCCAGUGGGGGAUGGCGGGGAUUUGCGGAGCACCGGCGACGAUGGGCGCGGAGGCUGGGGUGGCGGGAGGCUGCGCGCCGAUGCGGUGGAGUGCGGCGUCGGUGUCGAUGCCGUCGCUGCGCGCCGCGCCGUGGGAGGGCGACGGGCUGGCGGCGAGCGCGUGGCUGCCGGGCUGCGGCGGGCGAUGGACUCCCGGCGGCGCUGCGGCGUGGCUGGCGCGCGACGAGAGCGAGCGAUGGCCGACCAACGGUGAAUGGGCGGUGGGCGAGCGCAGCGCGCGGAGAGGAGCGGCGCGGGGGGGCACUGGGACAAGCGGAGCGACAGGGACGGCGAAUGAAGGCGGGCCGGCAGUGGGAGGGAAGCGCCCUGCGACGGGCGGAGGGGCGAGCGCGGGGGCGGGAUGGCGGGAGCUUGCACGGGAGGCGGAAGGGCGAGGGGGCUUGUGGGGGCCGCGGGCGAGGGAAGUGAGCGGCGCGAAGCGGGGCGUGCGGGGGCGAGGCAGGGACGGGUCGUGGGGGGGCGAUGAGAGCGGCGCGGGCAGCGUGGGCGGGGAUUGGGCUGAGGAUGUCGCGGAAGGGGAGGCGGAGGAGGGGAGGGGCAGGGAGAAGAAGGCGAAGGGCGGACGGGCGGUGGGCACUGGUGAGGGCGCGCGGCUUGGAGAGAGCAGCAGCGGUGCUGACAGGGGGGUUGAGAAUGCGGGGGGAGGGGGGGCGAGCUUGGAGCGCGAGCUGCAGGAGUGGCUGGGCGCUGCUGUGCCGUGCGCCGCCAAGAGGGGCAGCAGCGGGGCGGGCGAGCAGCCCCCAGGCACAGCAGCGCGCGCGGAUGCCAGCAGGGCAGCGACGAGCGGCGAGGGCGCGAGCACGAGCGGUGGGGGGGUUGGUGGUGAUGGCAUGGCCGCGGAGCAGCGGCAAGCAGGGGUGAGCGGGUACGGGGGCGGGAAUGGGGGUACUUGGGAUGAGCAGCAAGAGGGGGCGGGGGUGGCAGCGCAGCAGGUGGAGUUCCGCGUGACGGCACAGGAGCAGGGACGCCGCCCCGCCGCUUGGAAGCCCGAGGCUAAGCCACGCCAAAGCAGGCAGUCAGGUUCGGUGUUUGGGUCGGGGGAGGAUGGGCUGACACUGGAGUCGUUUCUGCGGGGCGGCAGGAGGGCGCGCGCACGGCUGAGAGGGCAGGGCGCGCAGACGUGGCAGGUGGAUGACGUGGCGGCGAGGGGCGUGGCUCAGAGCAUGAAGGCACAGCAGGUGCAGGGGGGGCGGAAUGGGGAAGCGGAGGGGGAGGAGGAGGCGGAGGGAGAGGGGAAAAGGGAUGGAGGAGGGAGAAGGGAGAUGGUGGUGGAGUUACGGUGUUGUGCCGACCAGAGGCUGGGGCAUCAGGGCGGGGGCCAGGGGGUGCACGAGCAGCUGCAGCAGUGGCGGGGGCAGAGGUCGCUGUGUGGCGGUGCAGGGAAGGGGACGGCCUCCCAUGGCGCGGGGCAGGUGCACAGGCGCGGGCGGUGGGACGAGCUGGACGUGUCGGCUGCUGUGGCCGCGCUGGGGGGCGCGGGGGAGGCAGGCGGACGCGGCAAGGAGAGGUGUGGUGGGGGCCAGGAGGGGCGCGGUGGCGGUGGUGGUGGCGAGUGGGAGGGCAGUGGUGCGAGGCAAGGCGGGGACGGCGUGGGUGGAGGCAGCAGUGUGAGAGCGGGUGCAGUGCAGGUGGAUGGCAGCGCCUCGCCCGCUGCUCCCACCCACGCCCUGGCGGCACCCGCCCUGGCGGCACCCGCCACUGCGGCUGGCAUGGCGGGCGUGGCGGGUGUGCUGUGCUGGUCGCCGCCAUGGGUGGCGGCAGCAAGGGGCGCGCGGGCGGUGCGUGGGUCGCUGGACGUGGCUGCUGCCGUGGCGGCGCUGGGUGGCACGGAGGGCUUGGAGGGAGGGGUGGGCGAGGGGGGUGCGGGGAGGGACGUGUGCAUGGAGGGAGUGGAUGGGGGAGGCGGUGGGGGGAUAGGCGCGCAGGGGAAAGAGAUGGAGCAGGAGAGGGAAGGGGGUCGAGAAAGAGAGGCGCAUGCGAUGCUGGUUGAGGAGAAAAGGACUGAGAAGUGUGAGGAGGGCGAGCAGAGCAUGGGUGGUGAUGGGAUGUGUGGCAUGGGCGGUGUGAGUGCAGAAGCAGCAGCAGUGCAUGCAGGCAGGCCGCCCUCCACGCCACCCCCCUGCACGCCCCCACACGCCCCUCCAUCCCCCCCUCUCACCGCAACAUCCCCCGCCUCUCAGCGCCCAUCCUCACCUCCUCGCCCCCCCCAGGGCGCACAGGCUGCAAGCAGCGGUGGCAGGGGGGCAUGGGAAUGGGCGGGCAAGGCGGCACAGCCGCAGGAGGCGAGCAGCGGGCGGGCAGAGGGCGCACUGGAGGGGGGUGGGGGAGGGCAGCUCGCAGAGGCAGGCGCGAGGCAGGGGGAUGGCGGGGCAGCGGUGGGAGGAGGGAGGUGGAAGGGGAGAGGGGGUGGGAGGAGGCAGCAUGGCAGUGUGGGCGAGGUGGAGCGCGCCUUCGAGGUGGCCCCCGCCCACCUGCUGGCCCUGCACCGCUGGCACCCCUCAUCACGGGACCUGGCGGUGCGCUGGGCCGGGUGGCUGCUGCGCCGCAUGCGCAAGGCCGCCUGCCCGCCCGCCCCCCGCCCGCUGCGCCUGCUGCUCUUCUCCGCGCUGCUCUCCGCCCUGCCCCGCCUCGCUGACUCGCUGCUCUCCCUCGCCUCUCCGCCCCCUGCAUCACCCUGCCAUGCUCACUCCCAGCUGCUGCACUCAGCGGCGUCGCUGCUGCGCGCCGUGGAGCGGAGCCGCACCGCACUGCCAGCGCUGCAGUGGGCGGCGCUGCAGGAGCUGCUGCCGCGCUGCCACUCGCUGCUUGCUGCUGCUGCCAGCCUGCACCGCCGCACACGGCAUGGUGGCAGCGUGGCCCCGCAUGCACCUGCAGCUGCUGCAGUGGGGCUGGGUGGGGGAGGGGGAGCAGCGGCAUCGACAGCAGUGCCGGGUGCUGCUGUGUGCAGCCCUCCCCACAGUUCCUCCUCCGCUUCCCCCGCCUCCUCUGCUGCCACCCACGCCACUGCUGUGCUUGACGGCGCUGCGGAGCGUGGUGCGUGUGGUGGGGGCAGUGGUGGGGGCAGCAGCAUGGAUGAGGAUGGGGCUGGCAGGCACACGGGCAGGGUGGAGCAAGGGAGUGGCACGCGGGCGGCUGGGGGAAGGGUAGAGGGCAGCGAGGAUGAGAGCAGAAGGGGCGGCUGUGAGCGUAGAGCAGGGGAGGGGUGGGCUGCCCCCUCUGCUGCUGCUGUUGCUGCCAGUGCUGAUGUGGACGAUGCCUGUGUGCCGGUCGCCAUGGCCUCUGGUGCGCAUGACCAUGCACGCCCGCAGCCGCAGCACACUCAGCAGCAUGUGGCAGCACAAGGGAAUGCAGUGGGUGGUGGUGCUCUCCCUGACACCGUCCAUGCGCUUCCUGCCUGCACGCCCAGUCAACCUCUGGAUGCCACUGCGCCAGCAUUCUCCUUCUCCUCUCACCCCGCUGCCACUCACGCCCUCGUCUGUGUGCAAGCGCCACCCACACUGCAGGAUGCUCAAUGCGACCCCCACACUGAAGCCACCCCGUGUGGGGCAGCCACUCGGCAAGAGACCACCGUGCCGUCCUUCCCUCGCUUCUCGCCGUUUGCCGCUGCAGCCACUUCCCCCCACGCCGCAGGCACUCCCCUGCACGUGCUCUGGGCGGCGAGGGCAGCGGGGCACCGAGUGAGUCGCAGCAUGGACGGCAGCAGUGACGUGGCGUCGGGGCUGAGCGGUGGUGCGCGGCAGCAGUUUGUGGAGAGCAGGCGGCGGCAGCAGCAGGCGGUGCAGGCGUGCGUGCAGGCGCUGCAGGGCGGGCUGUUCUCGCCGUACGGGCGGUCUGCUCACACUGCAGGGCAUGCGGGCACCAGCAGGUGGCGAGGGGCCGCAGCAGAGAACGGCGUGGGCAGAGGCAUGGGGGGCAGCGGUGGGGAAGGAAGAGAGCAAGCAGAGGAAGAGGGCAGGCGAGGGGAGGGGUUGCAAGAGAGGGAGGGAAAUGGAGGGGCUAGAGUUGGGGGAGGUUGGGAAUGGGGAGGACGAGAGGGCGGGGCUGGGGGAGGCGAGGGAGGGAAGGGGCACGAGCGGAGUCACAGCUUGGACGUGGAUGCCAUGGCCCAGCUCUGCCGCCCCCUGCACCAUGCUGCUGCCUCUCCUCAUGGCGCGGCGGCAGGGCUUGCGAAUGGUGGCAGUGAGCGGUGGAGGAGGGGCACUGGUGCGCACCACAUUGACCCGACUGCUCCUGCUGCUGCAUCCCCGCACGCCUACUCGCCUCUCCUGCCGCCCAAAUCUCCCUCACCGCAGCCAAAGGGCCGCUUUCCUCCCUUUCCCCACGACGCAACGCCCUCUCCCCAUCCCCCCCUCGCCCAUGCCCACCACCUGUCCAAACCCCCGUUCCAGCCAACCAUCUCGCCCCACCCUGCUGCUGCCACAUGGCCCUGUGCCGCACCCUCAUCCCCUGGUGCGCCCCACGCCCCACUCUCUGCUCAUCCUCCCACGCUCGAGGCAGAGGGUGUGGGGGCAGCAGAGGAGAGGGCGGUGGAGGAGAUGACGUCGCUCUUCUCCGCACACUUCUCUGCCCCCUCUGCACCUGCGCACAGGCCGGUGUGUGCAGCACCACAUGGCGCUACACAAGCUCAACCCACACCGGAUGGAACAAAAGGAUGUGCGAGGCGCACACCCCAUCCUGCGCUUGCAGGCUGUGCUGCACCGCAAGCAGUGCACGCCACCCUCAAUGCGGCCUCGCACCCGCCACCUUGCUCUGCUGCUGCUCGCCCUCCCAAUGCCACCGGUGCGGCGGAUAGUGUGGAAUUCCAGUCCACAGGGCCAGAGGGAGCGGGCGAAGCCAGUCCAGCACAUGAGACGGGCAUGGCAGCAGGUGGCGGCAUGGGAGCAGCGGUGCCACCCAAGCCGCGGUCGCGCAAGAAGAUGAUGUCAAGGAGAGAGUGGCUGUAG